GAGAGAGCGUUCAGUGAAUGGAGUUGGGGGGGGGGAGUUGCCUUCGCGGAUGUGUCCCUACGCUCACAAGAAGGAGGUGUGGGUCUCUUGUCUCCAGUGUGUGCAUCUAUUCGGAGGACAGGAACGAUAGGCUGCCUUUCGGAUGCGAACGUGCAAUCAUGUCACGAGCGCCGGACUGUGCAACGAGGACAUCUGAAUAAUCCAUACAGGCGAUAAACGGACUCUACAGGAAUAAAGCAAUGGGUGGCCAGAUAACGCGAAAUGCCUUUUACGACUCCCUCGGUGGCCCGUUCCCGUCCACGUCACACAGAUGCCACCACAAACCCAAGAGGUGCCUGCCCAUCCAGUGUGGCAGCGUCGGCGGGCCCCUUCCCAUCAGCCCACUUCUGUUCCAUCCAAAUGCCAAGGGAUCCCAAAUCGUCAUGGACCUCGCCCAGAAGACAGUCAAGAGGCAGGCCAGUUUCUGCAACGCCAUCACCUUCAGCAACAGGCCCAUAGCGCUCUAUGAGCAAGUCCGCCUCAAGAUUACUAAAAAGCAGUGUUGCUGGAGCGGGGCUCUGCGCCUGGGCUUCACCGCCAAAGACCCCUCCAGGAUAAACCCAGACAACCUGCCCAAGUAUGCCUGCCCUGACCUGGUGUCCCAGAGUGGCUUCUGGGCCAAGGCCCUGCCUGAGGAGUUUGCCAAUGAGGGCAACGUUAUCGCCUUUUGGGUUGACAAGAAGGGCAGAGUUUUCUACCGCAUUAACGAGUCCAGUCCCAUGCUGUUCUUCAGCGGAGUCCGCACAGCUGAGCCCCUCUGGGCGCUCAUUGAUGUUUACGGUCUGACCCGCGGAGUGCAGCUGCUAGACAGCGAGAUUGUUCCUCCUGACUGCCUGCGCCCACGCUCCUUUACCACAGUGCGCUCCUCCUCCCUCCGGCGUGAAGCUGACGACUCCCGUCUGUCCGUCAGCCUGUGUGACCUCAACCUGCAGCAGGAGGACGGACGUAACGUCCACAAUCACUCCCACCGCCACACCCUUCACCUGGCCUCAGCCUCCUCAUCCUCCACCUGCCCCAUACCCCAGAACUCCAUCAACUCCCAGCAGUCCUCCCUGCUGCCAUCCGCCCUGGAGAGCGACCUCCACUUCCACCAGCUGCGUGGCGCCCACAUCAAGACGCUGGACGAGCAGACAGUGGCGCGAUCUGAGCAUGCACGAGAGGAACGCACUCUGGUCUUUACCAACCGGCCCCUGCGCACUGGAGAGACUGUUUUCAUCAAAGUCACCAAGUCCAGCCCAGCACGCUCGGGCUCAUUGUCCUAUGGUGUGACGUCCUGUGACCCAGCGGUGCUGCGCCCCAGUGACCUGCCCUACAACCCAGAGGCUCUGGUGGACAGGAAGGAGUUUUGGGCGGUGUGUCGGGUGCCGACGCCUCUCCAGAGCAGCGACAUCCUGGGCUUCUUGGUCAACCAGGAAGGAGAGGUCAUCCUCAGCCACAACGGCACUAAUGUGGGGAUGCAGGUGUGUGUGGACAACUCUCGCCCACUCUGGAUGUUCUUUGGUCUCCAUGGGGCUGUGACUCAACUGAGGAUUCUGGGUUCCACUCAUCUCGGGGAUCCGCGGGCCACGUCGAACCCCAGCUCGCCCUCCUCCUCUCCGCACACCCCGAGCGCCCUGGGCAGUGGCAGCUCUGAUCCAGUGCUUAACGGAGGCCUGUGCUCCGCUGCUUACUGCAGCUCAGCAGGGGGAACAACUCCAAAUUCACCUGUCAGCCUCCCCAAGUCACCUACGUUUCCAGCAGGCCGUGGGCCUUGGUCCGACGAGUGCUCCAUCUGCUACGAGAACACGGUGGACACGGUCAUCUACGCCUGUGGACACAUGUGUCUGUGCUACACCUGCGGCCUCAAGCUGAAGAAGAUGUCCAACGCUUGCUGUCCCAUCUGCAGAAGGCAGAUCAAAGACAUUAUCAAAACCUACCGGAGCACGUAAGGGGACGAUGGCUGAUGAACGUACGGCCUCCCUAAGAGCAGCAAAAUCCCAGAGUCAGGGGAAGAAAUGUCUAAGUUCAGGGAAUACGAACUCUGGUACUUUAAUUUGGUAUUUUCAUACGGUUAUUGUUGGUUGGUUCACUCGCCUGACCUUUAUUCAAAGUCGGUACCGCCUUGCUGGGAAGGUCUCUUGUCUCAGCCUCCACAUGUGAUCGGAGGUUCCACUGAGAACUUUACUCUUGCCAGAGGUGUUUGCUCUCUCCUGGAAGACUUUGAAGGAAAAACUGAAACAAUUCCAAAAUUCUUCUUUUGUUGAGCCAUGUAAGAUUUAGGGACUGUCACCCAUUUGCACCGAAGCAAAUGAGUCACUUUGGGGCUGAAUGUCUCGAUAAUAGUUCUCUUAGAGGAUGACUGAAGCUCUGAAAUACGCUGUCAACCUGAUGCGUAUUUCUGACUUACACUCUGACAGGUAAUCAUCUCAGUAUGUCACAACUUGUGUCUGUGUGUUACUGAGCAUUGGAAGAGAAGUCAGUCUGGCAUCGUAAUGAAGUGAUGGAUUUCUGUAAUUGUCGUGGUGAUUAUCAGUGUGUGAUGUGCUUAGAGAUGCAAGGCGGUGCUGGGUAUACUAAGUAGGAUUGUAACACCUCUUGUACUCGUAUAAUCUAAUGUACCUUUAUGGUAGUUCUAUUGCAAAUGUCGGUGGUAGCUAUAUUGUUGUGCUAGCUAGCUGCUUGCUCUGCAAUGUGGUAUGUUGCACUGAAAUCAGCAUUGUCCUCUUAGAAACGCCCCGUUAUAGACAGAGAGGAUAAAGACACUUAUCGGUUCAAAUCAUACAAACCUGCGUCCAGCAGACUCAGCAGCUCCGAAUCUAUGAAAGGAAACAGGAAGUGAAAGAAACAUUUGAAUUCUCCUCAGGGCCAGCAGUCUUUUUUUAAGAAGAUGUGAAGUAUUUUCCCAAACUUUACCUAUAACCAUGCCUAAUACACUGUGAGCGCUCAUGACGAAUUGACAGGACCUCUAAAAUAGAUCCCAUCAGUGGUGUAGUGGUAGCUGAUGAGAUGGUAUACUGCUAGGUAGAGGGGUAGGUUACCAAGAAGGAAGUGGGUAUACUCUCCUGAUUAUUCCAAUGACUUUUUGACUGAUGGGUGGGAAAAAGAGGUGAGUAUACCCCUUAUACCUGCAUAUACCCUCCACUACACCACUAACUCCCAUACCAACACAUAAAGUCAAAGGAUUGUCGCCACCACAGAUACAACACAGCCUCCUGCCUUAAACCAGAAAAGGUUCAUUUAUAACACACGGAUGUAUCAUAUUGUGUUUCCUGCCAUUUUCCAAAACCCUCAACACGCUACCAAAUAAUGCUGUUGCGUGGCACAAACUGUCACAAAAUGUUUACUCAGAGGAGAAAAAGCACACAAAUUUAAAAUUAUUUUUGUAACGCAAAUCAAUGACAUUUCCAUUUAUUUAACUGAAAUGUUUAAUAACCUUUGUGACAGGCCUUUCACCAGCAGCAAAGAUCCUUUACAGAAAUCAGUUCAGGGUAGGGAUGCACCGAUUGUUAAAUUCUGAGCCGAUAACUGGACCGAUAUUUAAAAUAAAAAUUUGGCCAAUAGCUGAUGCCGAUGUUUUUUAGUUAAUUCAUUCAUUCAUUCGUAAACUGCAUUUCCUGUUGGGCCCUCCCCAAGCUGAUAUUGGGCGAGAGGCAGGGUACACCCUGGACAGGUCACCAGACUAUCACAGGGCUGACACAUAGAGACAGACAACCAUUCACACUCACAUUCACACCUACGGACAAUUUAGAGUCACCAGUUAACCUGCAUGUCUUUGGACUGUGGGAGGAAGCUGGAGUACCCUGAGACAACCCACGCUGACAUGGGGAGAACAUGCAAACUCCCUCACCCUGGUUUUGAACCCCCCGCUUUGGGUUUGGAUCAGGAAACCUCUUGCUGUGAGGUGACAAUGCUAAACACUGCAGCACCAUGCCACGUGAUCCUUCGAGCCUGGAUGAACCAGCAACCUAAGGAUCUUUAGGUUGCCUUUUUAUCGACAUAUAUAUUAUAUAUAUUUAUAAUGCCCCCAAUAAAGCAAUAUAAACUGUUUUUAUUCCAAUUUUUUGACAAAAACUACAUUUUUCACAAUUAAAUUUGAACACACCAUAAGAACGUUAGAAAUUACCUUCAGCUCCAGCUCUAGCUACCAGAUGCUAACAGCUAACAUUCUCCCAUUGAUUUUAACAUUGGUUUGUUGUUCAAUAUAGGAUUAUCAGGGAAUAAAAAUGGUGCGUAACCUGACGUGUCAUAGUGAGUUUACAGCGCUCUUUCGUCCCAGUGGAGUCCCUGGGAAGAUCUAUGUUUGUCCCAAACAUGUUUUCUGUCGCCCCUGGGAAGACAGAACAGCAUUCGCCUCAAGUCCUGGUUUUUAGCCUGCGCAAAAUUGAUGUGACACAACAGAAAAACACCGGCCACUGCCAUUGGCGAAUGUCAUCUAAUUUGCCGAUCGGCUGAUGGCAGUCAACAAGGCGAAUAUCGGCCGUUAAGGAUCGGUGCAUCCCUAGUUCAGGGGCAGGGAAAUUUAAAAAGAAAAAAAAAAAAGCUCAUAUUUUGAAUAUUUGUAUGACUCUUAUCCCCUAAUUUCAGAAUAAAAUGUCUUGAUACAUCCCCCACAAAUUACACCUCUAAAUACAGCAACUCAGCAGUAAGCCAUAGCUUAUAACACGACACCACUUGAAGCUGAGAGGUUGUUUUUUUUAAUGACAUGUUCUUCAUUUUGUAGAUAAUCAACGAACGGGGCUCAAACCUAUGCUGCUAUGGUAUUUGCCAGCUGUCCUUUCUGGGCAAAUGCUGACAGUGAUGUUUCACACAUCCCUCCUCCCACAUUACAGUUUGAUUACGCUACUGCUUGAAGUGUUAAUUCACAUUUGAAUGUUAACUUAUGUAUUUAGAGAGAUUUUUAUCGGUGUGCUUGAAUUGAAAAAACAAAGAAAAAAAAGUUUUGUCUGUUUUUUGUUGCUUUUUUUUAAGUUUAUUUUGAUUGAUAAUUACAAUUUUGAGAUUUGUUUUCCUGUUUAUCCAAAACCAUGAGAACUAAAUUCUUUCUUUUUUUCUAGUAGUGAGAACGUAGAGAGUUUCUUGUACCUUUUGGCAAUAAGAGAUAUUGCAGUACACAAUCAAAACCUCUUUGCUUUGGGGUGCAAGAUAUAAACUCUUGGUUUUAUUACAAUCCUUGAAUUUCAGGAGCUCUUUUUUGUAAUUUAUCUUCUUGUGUGUGAGCCCACGUUAGGAAGCCCUGUGUUUAUAUCUCCUAUCAUUAUAUAGUCUAAAAGCCAUCACCGUAUGGCAAUGAUAAAUGUCACUUUAUAAAGCUACUGAUUGUAAUCUUGUAAAUGUUUAGGCCAGUGUUGCUCUCUGAGACUCAACCAUGGCAUGUAUUAUUUUGACACUCCGACCAAAUUGAAUCUGUUUUUCCUUUCUUUUUUAUACAUUGUAUAAAUGUAAGUCCCUUGGUGCAAGACCUUGUAUUCAGUUUGGGCUUUUAACAUUUACAUUCAUCAUUUUUUUUUAACCUCAUUAAUUAAUAAACACAAACCACAAUCCAUGCAAAGCUAAUUUUUUAUCAGUAAAUUGUUCUAUACAUGCAUUUUAAUGGAAGGUAAUUUUAUUUUCUGCAUCCAGAAACUCCACAGGCUCCUUGAAUGUCACUGAUCCUGUAAUGUACUAUUUAUUUGUCCAUCACUGACGUGUGGACUAAUUCCUCCAAACUUGCUUUUCCUGUGUGUUUGCUUUCUUCUACAUUGCCACUAUAUAUCUCCUCUGUGUCCGGCCAAUCGCACAGCAGCACAUUUAGAGGUUCUUUCUGUAGAUCUUAGUACUUUUCGUCAUGCAUGAGUAAUCUGUUUAUUCUGCGUGAACAACGGGACCAACCAAGUAGACGAGCAUCAGAGUGGAAUGCUGUUAGUGUUCGUGUAGACUGGAACCUGCAGUGGCUAGAAGUACUAUAUAUAUAUAUAUAUAUACACAGCCAUUGUUGUGACAAAGCAGCUGAAGUACUUUGCAAACCUGUAUUUUCUUUCUUUUUCAUUUGAAACAACAAGUGUUUGUUUGUGAACUCUGUUCAGUGUGAGUCGGAUGAUUGUGGUUAAUAAACUUUCCAGAUGUGUUUGAGCAAAAA